UUAGCCAUUAAAAAAAUGAGUGUACUCGUAAAAAGUGUUGUUUUCUUAAUUUUAAUUUAUGUACCAUUCGGUACAAAUUCCUAUUUUCGUGGUAAUAAUCCGUACGAGACAACUCCAUCCGGAUUAUGUCCGUAUAUGUAUCCAAAACAAUUUACAGGAUAUGCUCCGCGCGGUAAUCAAUCAGCGGGGAUUUUUACCCAUAUUGAUUAUGAACAUUCGCUGGAAGGAUGUUUAAAAACAUGUUGUCGAAAUAUUAAAACAUGUAAUGUGAUUUUUAUGCAUAAUACAACGUGUUAUCAUGUUCAAUGUUCUAGUGAUGAAUUGUGUUUACCAUUAUCGAAGCCUAGUCUGGAUCAACAAUCCGUGUUAGUUUUAGUUCGACCUGUGUCUGAUGUUACUUGGACUGAAUAUAUUGAGAAUGAUCCACAAAUAUCGAGCCAUUUGGAUGAUUUACAAGGGACAGAUCAUUAUGAUGUGGGUGACGUCCAAUAUUCCAAUGAUGACAUGGCCGCCGAUGAAAGUGGCUACGAAAACAUUCCCUUACCAAUUAGUGCAAAAAAAGAAUGUGUCACAACAAUGAAUUGUCGCGAAAACGAAGAAUGCGUUUUAGAUCCUAAAAAUAUUAACACAAAAAUAUGUAUUUGUAUGCCCGGUUUCUUUAUGAACACAACCGGAAAUUGUCAACGUGAAAAUGAGGCAAUUCAUGAGAUUUCCACCUCAAAACCAGCUAAAAAACAAUUAAUUGUAUCGGCAUUAUCGAAAGAAGUUCGUUUACCAGAAAGUGAGACAACAUUGUCAGCAUUUAUAGCACCUACCAGUGAUCAACCGUACACUUACGAGUGGAAAUUGUUAACACGCCCGAAAAAUUCCGAAGGAACAAUGAUUUUAGAUAAAAAUGGAGCUACCAUACGGUUAACACAUUUAACUGAAGGACUUUAUACAUUCCGGGUUACUGUCUCAAAUGCGGAUUCAUUCGGGGAAACUUUAGCAAAUGUUACAGUUUUACCUCCAAAACGUAUUAAUAAACCUCCAAUUGUUAAAAUUACUCCUCUAACACAAAUUGUGAGAUUGCCAACAACCGGAGCAGUUUUGGAUGGCUCUGGAAGUUCUGACGAUGAUGGUAUUAAAUCAUGGCAUUGGGAGUUACAUCGCGGUCCGCUGGAAUAUAGCCCACAUUUACCGGACACCGCCAUGUUACAACUGACCGAUUUAAAAAUCCCUGGGAAUUAUACAUUUAAAUUAACUGUGACGGAUACAGAUGGGGCAACAAAUUCAACAACAGCGAAUAUUACUGUUAUGAAAUUAACAGAUUAUCCACCGAUCGCGAAUGCAGGACAAGAUGCAAUUAUUUAUUUACCAAAUAACGAGCUAACUUUAAACGGAAAUUUAAGUACGGAUGAUCAUGAAAUUACUUCAUGGGAAUGGACAAAAGGACCUAGUGAUGCAAAUAAAGCUGUUGAUAUGCAAAAUACACGAUCACCAUAUUUAAAACUAUCCCAUCUGGAGGAGGGCUAUUAUACGUUUGUACUCCGAGUGACUGAUUCAGCGGGACAAAGUAAUUCCGCAGAAGUACAUGUAUUUGUAAAGCAAGCAUCUCACAAACCCCCAGAAGCUCAUGCUGGUGUUAAUCAAACAAUUAACUUACCUCAGACGUGGACAAUUUUGGAUGGAAGUAGUAGCAGUGAACAUAUUUUACAAUAUCAUUGGGAGUCACUUUCAGGACCAUCGAAUGUUUUUAUCCAGAAUGCAAAUGCUUCGAAAACAAAUGUUACUAAUUUGACACGGGGUCAAUAUGUGUUUCGUUUAACUGUCACAGAUGAUAGCGGGAAUGCUGCAACCGAUUUAGUUGUUGUUAAUGUGACACAAGUGAAAAACGAACGUCCAAAAGCUAAUGCUGGAGGUGAUCGUACAAUCGAGCUACCACAAACGUUAGUGAUUCUAAAUGGUUCUGGGUCUCAUGACGAUGUUGGAAUUGCCGUAUGGCAAUGGACUAGAGAUGAUAUUUCGUUAGCUAUUGGAAAUAUUUUAGGAAAUUCUGAUCGGACGGCGGAAUUAAUGUUAGGUGAUUUGGAACCCGGUCGUUAUGUGUUCCGUUUAAAGGUAUUCGAUGAGGAUGGUUUAUCGGAUGAAGAUACCGCAUCUGUUAUGGUUAAACCUGAUCCGAUGUUGGUGAAUGAGGUGGAAUUAACGCUUGGUGCACAGGCACGGACUCUUACACAAUCUCAAAUUAAAGGUGUGAUGCAGGAAUUGGGCUUGUUAGUACGCGAUGAAGCUACAUUAACUGUUCGAAUGAUUCGAACCGAACAACCUGGAGGCAGAGCCGUAGUCUCCUUAACCGCUCAUCAAGCAAAUGGAUCCCCUACUGCUGAAAAUAAAGUUUUGACCGCAAUUGAGUUAGAACGUUUAUUAAAAGAUAAAUUAUACCGUGAUAGCAGUUUACUACGAUUAUCUGUCGCAUCACUACGUACAACAAUUUGUCAAAAUAAUUGUUCGUCGCACGGUGUAUGCGAUGAACAUACACGACGCUGUCUUUGUGAAGCAUUUUGGAUGCAAAAUUUAUUUGAGAAAUAUUUUGGACGUGGUGAAGCUGAUUGUGAAUGGAGUGUUUUGUAUGUCGUAGUCGGUUUAUGUAGUGCUGGUUUAUGCGUUACUGGUUUUAUUUGGGGUAUAGCAUUCUUAUGUAGUCGAGCUUGUCAACAACGGCGUGUACGCACUUCGAAUCAACGACCACCAAAAUAUGCGUUACUUGAAGACGAUGAUCAGUCAAAUUUUUCAGGUCAAAAAAUGGUGAUAUCCGAAUCAGAUACAGACUCUGAUGUAUUAUUUGAAUCACGUAGUAAAAAUGGUCGAAAAGAAUUAGUUGGUAAUGGUUUUUAUCAAAAUGGUGGUAAUCGUUUAAAUAAAUUAGGACGUCGAAUAAAAACAUAGGGGUCAACUAUUCUAUAAAUAAAUUACUGCCAACCUAAGAGAGACAACCGAACACAUACAUCCACAUUGUAGACUUGGAGACACUGACUGAUAAAAUUUCAAACUUCAUUAAUUGUGGCGAUCUCUUAUAGGUCGAAUUACAUAAUUAUUGAAAAGCAAAAUGAUGGCCGUUUGAAGUGUAAUCGAACGACGAUUAAAAUAAUGUGUUAUAGACGUUAUUUUGUUGACUAAAUAUACCGCCUUUGCGGUAAUAUAGCAGCUGUUUGUUGUGAGAUGAUGCUGAUAUGUUGCCCACUGUAACCUUUCGUACUACAAACCUGGACAACUCUCAACAUGGUGAAGAAAAAUUGUCGUAUAUUGAGCAAGAAGAAUCUAUUUGUUAUUCUAGGUCCAUAAACUUCCACACUAGAUAUAUCUCCGUAAAUAACGCCUGUAACAAAUACUUUUAAUCGUUCUGCGAUUACGCCCCAACGACUAGUACUGUGAACGUUAUUUUCCUUUUCACUAAUUACGUAAUUAAUUCUGUUGGUGGGUCGCUAGACUUGAAACAAAUGGUUUGAAAUUUAAAGUCAGUGUCGCCAAGUUUAUUGAUAUAAAUAUAUAUAACGUGCCUAAAAAAAAAAAGAUAAAAUAAUAUUUAAAAUUUGCUUAAGCCUUUUUUUGAAGUCUUGUUCUCACGACGAAUCUAUUCUUAAGUUUUUCAAACGUUGUCACUCCUGUGAUGAAAUGUCUACCAAAUGUUACUCAAGGUCUGCCAAAGCUAUGGGUCGUGAGAAUUAGGUGUCGUAUUUAUAUUUUUUAAUUUUUUUAUUCAGUAUUUAUAUAAAGGGCCAUAUCUUGAUUUAAAGUUGGCCAUAAAUGUUCAUAAUUUUUAUCACUGGUUUUGGAGCUUAAGUUUUGUUAAAUCUGUAACAAUAUACUCCUGUCGAGGGAAUAGGGAACAAAAAUAUUGAACUUGUAUGGCCCGCUAAAAAAAAUCAUACCGGUUGCAUUUAAAAAUAUUGUGAUUUUAUUUUAUGUAUUAUGAUCCAUUUAUUUCCUAUUUAAAACGGAAGAUUUUAAUUUAAGAACGGAUGUUCUGUUUCUGUUUCGUAUCAUAAUUGAUUUUUGAAUAUUUUAUUUAAUUGUCUACUUGUCUGAAUAUCCGAAUAUUUCUCUGGAAUUUAAGAUUGCCGCGUAAUUAAAAAUUUUCCAGGAAUCUUGAAAGAAAAGAUCCCGGAUAUGAAAAUUUUCGUAGAAAUAAAGAGUAUGAUUUUUAAAAAUUUGACAAUAUCGGCCUACUUCUUGAAUAAAUAGUUUAUGAUGUCCAAAAAAUAAUUGAUAUAGGCGAAAUAUUUAAAAAUUAAAGAACGGGGUGUGGUCAUUAUCAAACUUUUUAGAAUUGGCCAAUUACGUGCAUGACGUGCUGAAAAAUUUUCAUUAUUAUUGGGAGUAAAUUUGUACACCAGAGGCCAAAUACUUGAAUGGUGAAAUUUCAAUAUUAGGUAAAAAUUCAUAUUUUGAUAACAUGAUAAAUUGCAGUAUAUAAACAAAACUCGCUGUUCUCGUAAAGGGAUCUUCUCACUUGUCUCCCGAGGCAGUUGCUGUUCUUGACAGAAGUUAAAAGGGUAGCUUAGGCGGUGAUUUUUUAGGAGGUGGUGAUGAAGCUUAUCGAAUAACAUCAUUAGUUUGAAGAAAUUUCUAACCAAAUGGACCGCAUCUCUCUAGCAUGUAUAGAAGAAAAAGGAUAGUUUUGGGGAAUAUUUUACCCAUCUUUCGAAGGAUUGAGAAGAAAAAAUUUACGUUUUACAGAUGAUCCUGUUAUUUUGAACCUGUUCCACGUCGAAGGGAAAAAACCCGGACUGUCUAACAUGAACAGAAAUGAAAAGGGCAGAUGCUUUUCCCAUUUUCAGGGGAUUGCGAUGUGGGUAAUGAAAGUUAUCGACGUAUUUUAUUAAUUUAACUUUAUUUAGAGUCGAUUGGUCAAAAUUCCAUCUCUCUAGCAUGUAUACAACUAAAAAAUAAAACAUCUUUCUAGCAUGACUAGAAGUGCCUUUUAGCUGCCAUCAUGGAAGGAAUACUCACCUACGUAAAUAAAGUAUCGUCUUCAAUUUUCUUAUCUCCCAACUCGAUUAUUUAAAUUAGAAAAACUUAAAUUUAAGCUUUUAAUUUUAAGGAAUGUUAGCAAAUAAAUUAUAAGGGUCCCGCGAAAUGGCGCGUAAUUUAAAUUGAACGAAAGCAAAUCAAUUGAUGGACACUUCUAAUUUUUCGGAUCUUUUACAUGUAAAAAUUGUUAAAUCCAAAAAAAAAGGAAUAUUGUUGAACAAAAAAAAAAGUACACAACUUUGUAAAUAUUAUUUAUUAGGAACAUUAAUUUGAACUGGUUUUGAAAUUGUUCCCUAAAGAAAAUUUGAUAUAAAAGAAAAGGCACAAACUGUGAAAUGACAGUACUUGGUCAGGAGACGGAGAAGAGAAAACGGAGUACUGUCUCUUUUUUAGUCAUAAAGAAAUCUAGUCUUUGUUGUAAUUUGUACUUAAGUGAAUAAAAGAAGUUUGUAAGUAUUUUUUAAAUGAAAUAUUUUUCAAAUUCGCUCUGUUGAGUUUCAAUAGAAAAUUUCUAAUAUGCUGCUUCUAAAGCAGUUUCACUUCUAAUUCUAAAAAAAUUAAUUUUUUUUAUUAAGGUUGUUAUGAAAGUGGAAGUUAGAAAGAAGACUACAUAGUAGAAAGAAGGCUUCUUUCUACCAUCCAUAGAACGAAGUAUCUACUGCCAAUUAUUAUAGAUUCUAUAUUUAAUUAUUUCGAAGAGAUUUUGAUGAUUAAAAAUAUCUUUUGAAUAAAGUCUGACAACACUGAAAUGUUUAUGUUGACAUUUUACGAUGGUUCAUAUUUUCGAAAUCGAAGAACAGGAAUGACUUCAUAUUUUGGCUAGGCUUUCCUCAUUAUAUAAAUAAUUGAUUGUCAAUGUUUGGAAAGUUUGUCAUUAAAUAGCAUUUUCUUCAUAACAACCUUAGGAAAAUGUCAGUAAGAGUAUCGUCUUCAUUGGACGCUCCACAAUGCGAAUUUUUGUCCGAUAUUUUUAUUUUCAAAAUUCACAAUAAGUCUAAUUAACGAUAGCUGUAAACAAGUAAGUUUAAAAAAGAUAAGAAAUUAUCUACAAUAAAAGUUAUUACAAUUUUUGGCAUGAUUACGGAGAUAGACAUAGACCGUUACGGUUUUUCUCCAAAUGGCGGCACUUCCGUCCUCUAAAUUUGUAAGGAUUUUGAGCAUUUAUUCAGUAAGUAAUACCAAAGAAUACAUAAUACAGAUUAAUCUGUAUUCUUUGGUGAUACUGAAUCUAUUUAUCUAUUUUUUUUAAACAACUCCUGUAAUUUAGUGCAAGAAAAAAUUCUCUAUUAUUUGUAGUAUGAAUCAAUUGUCAUUCGGGUGUUCACUUUCCAUGAAAAUAUUGUAUAUCUACACGGCUAACGGCAAUAAAAUCUUGGAAAUUUGAAUUUAAAAAUAUCGCCAC